AUGAAUGGAUCCGACAUUAAGAAGGCUGCAAUCCAAAAGGCAAAGCAAGUCGCUCAGUCCGCAACCAGCGCUGCCAACGGCACCAACGGCAAGAAGCGCAGAAAGCAAGAACUGAAACCUAUCGUCACCACCGAGCAGCAAGAAGCCAGCGCUUCAGGCUCAACCGCUUCCCCCAUGACCAGCCAAAAAUCCACAGCGAAUACCCGUGACGUAAGUCCAUCGGGCUCAGAUUCAUCUUCGCUCUCCGGCGACGAGCAAACGGAAAACACAGCAGAUGAGGAAGACUCUGAGGACUACUGCAAGGGCGGCUACCACCCUGUCCAGGUCGGCGAGGAAUACAACAAUGGAAAAUACACCGUCGUGCGCAAGCUGGGCUGGGGCCACUUCUCGACCGUCUGGCUCUCGCGCGACAAUGACACUGGCAAACACGUCGCUCUCAAGGUCGUGCGCUCUGCCGCCCACUACACCGAGACAGCUCUCGAUGAGAUCAAGUUGCUCAACAAGGUUGUCCAGGCCAACAUGGAUCACCCUGGCAGAAAGCAUGUAGUCAGUCUACUCGAUUCCUUCAAUCACAAGGGCCCUCACGGUAUGCACGUUUGCAUGGUCUUUGAGGUCCUCGGCGAGAAUCUUCUGGGCCUGAUCAAGCGCUGGAACCACAGAGGUAUUCCCAUGCCUCUUGUCAAACAGAUCACCAAGCAGGUCUUACUAGGCCUCGACUACCUCCACCGUGAAUGCGGUAUCAUCCACACCGAUCUCAAGCCCGAGAACGUCCUAAUCGAGAUUGGCGAUGUUGAACAAAUUGUUAAGACCUAUGUUCAAGACGAUCCCAAUAAGGCAAAAGACGAACACCGCAACGGAAGAAGGAGGAGAAGAACUCUCAUCACUGGCAGUCAACCUCUACCCAGCCCUCUCAAUGCCAGUUUCAGCCAGACCGAUCUGUCAAGCCUCAACAAGCUCAUGGCAGAGCAAGGUAAACCUACCCCGAUUACCGGUCCAAGCCCCAGUCCGAGUCAAGAUGUUGAAAUGAGUGGUGCUGCAGGCGCAACUUCACCCACAAAAUCCAUGAAGGAAUCUCUCGGCAUUUCAAGCGAGGCAGCGCAAAAGGAACGCGAAAAGACUGCCGACAUCCUCGCCAAUAACGUUUCAGGCAUCGACCUUGGAAAGUCCUCUUCAGCCACACCAUCAAGCAAGGCAACAGAAGAGAUCUCAUUCGACACAAUUUCCGUCAAGAUCGCCGAUCUGGGUAACGCAUGUUGGGUUGGGCAUCACUUCACAAACGACAUUCAAACACGACAGUACAGAUCACCAGAGGUUAUCCUUGGAUCUAAGUGGGGUGCCAGUACUGAUGUUUGGAGCAUGGCUUGCAUGGUCUUUGAACUCAUCACUGGUGACUAUCUCUUCGACCCUCAGUCUGGCACCAAGUAUGGAAAGGACGACGAUCAUAUUGCCCAGGUAAUCGAACUACUCGGAACCUUCCCCAAGUCAUUGUGCGUUUCAGGAAAAUGGUCGCAAGAGAUCUUCAACCGUAAGGGUGAAUUACGCAAUAUCCACCGACUACGCCAUUGGGCCUUGCCAGACGUGUUGAGAGAGAAGUACCAUUUCAGCAUCGAGGAAAGCAAGCGUAUCGCCGAGUUCCUCUUACCCAUGCUCGAGCUCCAGCCCGCCGACCGCGCCAACGCUGGAGGCAUGGCUGGCCAUGGCUUCCUGGAUGGCACAAAUGGAAUGGACGGCGUCAAGCUGGAUAUCGCGCCCGGUACCAAGGGCGAGGGCAUCGAUGGAUGGGCCACAGAGAUCAAGAAGCAACGGUAG